AUGAAAGCGUGGACAGCUCACGAACAAGACACAACACUUUCUUGCUGCAGAACUUUGCACGUUAAACACGCAGCUUACGCGAGUGCCCUCUAUACUUUGAAUAUAUCAAUACUGGUGGUGCUGUUGUACAGUUGGAGAAUUGGAGUCAAUGCGAAAAGGUACAAAGAACUCGACGAUGUUUACUAUGGUGUUCAAAUAGCGUAUUUUGCAAUCAUAGGAACGCAAAUGUUUAUGAUCGUGCUCAGCAUUUUCCUUUUUUACGGGAUUUAUAAAGAAAACGUCGCCUUUCUAGUUCCAUGGGUAGUUGGCUGUAUGACCUUCAUGGCUUUGGAGGCGAUGGCGAUGGUUUACUCCAACAUACUUCGAGAUCACGUUAACAAACAAUUCGACGCGAUGUGCAAAGCGGAAAUAUCAUUUUUAAUACCGAGAAUACUUCUGAACUGUCUAUGCAUAUGGUGCGUACUACGAUUGUACCACUUGUUAAGAGCCGGAGUCACUUGGAAGGGGUCAGUGGCCAUUGAGCUGUGA